UUAAAACCAAUACUGAGUGUCCCACGACACACUGGCGUGGAGUGCGCUGAACUGCUAACACAAGGGAAGGAAGAGGAGUUCAAAGGAACACAUUCGAACACACUCUGCUGUACAGGUGCCGCUCCAGUGGAGGAUUUCCAAACCGGGACAUGGAUUAUUGGCGACACUUUGGAUCGCGUUGAAGAACAGGUGGAUUCCGUUUGCGCGCUCCACUCCUUUCACCUUUAUGGGGAACCAGGUGGAGAAACUAACUCAUCUGAAUUACGUGGAGGUGCCCACGUCGGACCCGAAUGGCUUGGAGCCUGACGUGGACGACGGACCGCGCAUCGGCGUCUCUUACAUUUUCUCGAACGACGGCGGCGGCGACGGCGACGGUGACGACGACGAGGAUGACAAUUCGGAGCCCUUCCCACCGGAGAACCCCCUCGCGAAGCACGAAGAGAAGCCGUUCGCACCCGAAGACGAGCUGGAGUGUUCGGUUUACUUCCGAGAGGAGUGCAUGUUCGAGCGGGGCCCCGGAACCGCCACGCACUCGGCCGAGAGUCUGCUCAACAAGUGCAGACCCGGAGACGUGCUGGAGUUCGUGGCCACGGGACAGUACCCGCACUGGGCCGUGUACGUGGGCGACUUCCAGGUGGUCCACUUGCAUCGGGCGGAGAUCAAGAACGGCUUCCUCACCGACGUGAGUCAGGGCAAGAGGGGCCGCAUCGUGAACGCUCUCUACCGCUACAGGGCGCUCCAGCCGCAGAUGAUCGUCCGUAAUGCCGUGGAUCACGUGGGCUCCAGGGACCGAGAACUCUACUGGAGGAACUCCGAGUGCUUUGCGGCCUGGUGCCGCUUUGGUCGGCGAGAGUUUAAAAUCGGAGGAGAGAUCAGGAUCGGAAAACAGCCUUACCGCUUAAAUAUGCACUUUUCCGAUAAGAAGAGCCACGUCCUGGAGUUCCAGAGCCUGGAGGACGUGAUCAUGGAGAGGAGGAGGAAUGACCAGAUCGGGAAGGAUGCUGUAAUGCAAGAACUGGCCAAUCACCUGAAGGCAGCGCAGGACUUUCAAGAGGACUCUUUAGGAAACUGAAGCUGGGUUUAAUUGCCUUUGGGCUGUGAGGGACUGAAUACUCCCAAUGAGCGCAGUUCUAUUGGUUUAAACACAACUGUGCUAACAGGCGGAGUGACACUUGUUUACAUUCAAAUCCUCACACGUAAAGACACAAAAUAGGCAUCUAUCUAUUAUGUGACUUUUGUGGGAUGCAGUUGCACCUGCGAAAAAGCCAGCAUUUAAUAGCACACAGUCCUAUUUUUUCCUCUGUUUGUAGCCAAUCAUGUAUCACUUAAAAAAAAAAAAAAAAAUAGUCGACUUCAUAUUUUUUCAACUUGUGCCAUAAAAUUUCUUUGAUAGAUUGUUUUGCAAUUUCAAAAUGAAAAGAUUGCAGAAGAUGUAAAUUCCAAACACGAGCAGAGGGGGAAAAAAGAAACUUGCAAGGUCCAGUGUUGAUCAAUAUGAUAAAGAAAAUAACACUUGAGACAGAGUGGUCAGUUUUGUUGACUAAAUAAGGACACCAUUUUGCCACUGUUUUCAACACAAAUCAUUUGGGAGGCAUAUUUGUGCACUCAAAAAAAGAGUGUUGAACAGAUUAAUACAAAAAUUAUGAAAAUAUAUUUUAUAGAGCAGAAUGUGCUCAUUCUUGUAUGUGCAACUUUGUGGUUCGAGCGUGCAAAGUUGUGACUGCACUUAUUUUUUUUCUUCCUGUCAUUAUCAAAAUGCUUCUAUCCAAUCAUUGCACAGCUUUAACUACUUUUUGGAUACUUUGUCAACACUGUUUGAAGUCAUUAUUCAGCACCUUUAUUGAUACGUUUAUUUUUUGGAAAAUAAAAAAUGUUUGUAUGAAGGAAUCUGUAAAUAAAUAUUUGACCAAUGCAAGUUCUUCUGCUUUUGAAUACAUGAAGAAAUUCUAAUUUGAUGAGGUUAUUUGGCAUCUUCAAUAGCAGCAUCUAUUAUGCUUGCAAGGCAUUUUUCUUAACAUUGUGUACACUGGGCCAGCUGAAAAUAAGUAAUUUCUUUGUGAAUUGCCACAGGCAUGGUUAUUUGGCUUUCUUUCCUUCCCUUGGAACCGCGGAGUUCAUUACAGUUCAGUCACACGUGCAGGUUUUAUUAGACAACAUUCAUAAAUAGGCAAAAACCCUUCAGUGAGUCAUCGCAUCUUUAUUUACAACUACAUAAUUAAAAUGGAAAUCAUAUGUGGCUAGAAUUGCAGUGUGUGUGUUUUGGAUUAUAGGAACAGAGCCCUCCGAAGGAGAGCUACCUGUUCUGUGUGAAAAUGUUCUGGCCUUGAAGAGGAAGAACCUCCCUCCUCUCUCUAAUGAGAAUGUUUUCAUGCUUGUUGUGUUUCUUUGCAUUUUUGAGCAGGUCAUGUCCCAAAAGAGCUAAAGUAGGAUCAUGGUGUGGGCUGGUAACAAGCAGACGAGCUGCUGGACACAUUAGCAUUUCUUCAAUUCUUCAUGGUCUGUCACUGUGACGAAAUAGGAGUUGUGUGCGUGUGGGUGUGUGUGUAUGAGAUUCAUUUUUAUGAUAGUCAUAUUUUUGUAACGGUUAACGAGUGAGGACAGAAUGGGGUGAAGCACACAAUGUUAAAACAGAUGUGUGCAAUGGAACUAUUAAGAAUAUGUGACCUUUUUUACGUCAUGCUUAAAUGUUAUCACAUUAUGUUGCCCAAAUGAAUAUACAGGAAAACCUUGAGAGUGCCUGAAAUUGUGUAUUUCAGAAAUAGACCAACAUUUUAAUGAAAAAUAUAGCUCUGAAGUUUUACACAACUUUAGAAUUUAUGAGACGUACCUCUCAAAAGAGAGUUUUUUGGGGGUGAGGGUUUUUUUUGAGACACUUGCAAAGAACACCAUAGGGUUAGAAGAACACCGUGAGAAGGAAAGAGAGGAAAUGUUGUUUUAUAUGUUUUACUAUUUGUAAAUAAUAGCGGUGGUUAACUGAUCCUCAUUUGUGUAAUGACACGACUCAACUUUGCAUUACCAUUUUUGUCAUCAGUCAUUAAAAUUGAGUUUACUCUAGGAUUUAUGUUAACAGUGGUUACCUUUUGAAAUGGCUGUAUACAAUAGUAAAACAUUCCUCAAAAUAUUGCCUUUACAGUAUGGUAAUUAAUGGUUGUAUGAUGGUGGUAGUGCAAAAUCCCUGGAAUGUUAAUUUUUUUCCAUGGAAUAAAUUGUCUCCAAAUCAAAUCAGAGG